AUGGAGGCGAAGGAGAACGGACGGAGCAAGAAGCCUUCCAAUGGCGCCAUAAACGGACCCACGAACCCGAUGGUUACGCCUCUGCUCACGGAUCUCUAUCAAUUCACCAUGGCUUACGCUUACUGGAAAGCUGGCAAACAUCAAGAACGUGCCGUGUCAGUAUUCGUUGUUUUUCGAUUUCUGCUUGAUUUAUCUGUGGCUGCGCAGUUCGAUUUGUAUUUUCGGAAGAAUCCGUUCGGUGGGGAGUAUACUGUCUUCGCUGGUUUGGAAGAGUGCAUAAGGUUUAUAGCUAAUUUCAAGCUCUCUGAGGAGGAGAUUGAUUUUGUCAGGGAAAGUUUAUCUUCCUCUUGUGAGGAUGGAUUCUUUGACUAUCUUAGAGGAGUUGACUGCUCUGAUGUUGAGGUGUAUGCUAUUCCUGAGGGAACAGUUGUUUUUCCCAAGGUUCCCCUGAUGAGAGUUGAAGGUCCAAUUGCUGUUGUUCAAUUGCUGGAAACACCUUUUGUGAAUCUAAUUAAUUAUGCAUCAUUAGUUUCUACUAAUGCUGCAAGGCAUCGUAAUGUUGCUGGAAAAUCCAAAACUCUGCUGGAGUUUGGAUUACGAAGGGCUCAGGGGCCUGAUGGUGGAGUAGGAGCAUCAAAGUACUGCUAUAUUGGCGGAUUUGAUGCAACAAGCAAUGUUGCAGCAGGAAAGUUAUUCGGGAUACCCCUUCGUGGUACACACUCCCAUGCCUUCGUUAGCUCGUACAUGAGCCUUGACGAGAUUACAGACAAGUCACUUCGCAGAAAAGAUGGUUCAAGUACCUGUGAUGAUUUUGUUAGUGUGGUUCAAGCAUGGCUGAACAAAAUUCAGUUAGCAAAUGGUGUUUUUGGUGAGACCAAUCAAAGCGAGUUGGCAGCAUUCACAUCAUAUGCAUUGGCAUUUCCUGAUAAUUUUCUUGCCCUGGUUGAUACAUAUGAUGUGAUGAGAAGUGGAAUCCCUAACUUCUGUGCUGUUGCAUUAGCCCUCGGUGAUUUAGGAUACAAAGCAGUUGGCAUUAGAUUGGACUCUGGUGACCUUGCAUAUUUGUCUUGUGAGGUCAGGAAGUUCUUUCGCGCUAUUGAGAAGGAAUUUGGAGUGCCUGAAUUUGGGAAGCUGGCAAUCACUGCUAGUAAUGACCUCAAUGAGGAAACACUAGAUGCUUUAAACAAACAGGCAUGUAAUUUUCCAUAUGCACGUAACAUGGUUUCUUACCAUGACUCGGAUAAAACCAACCUAUUUACUGACUGA